AUGUAAUCCUAAGAAAAUUGGUUGGAUAACACUAUAGAGCCAUUUCAAAAGUUCGAAUAAGUAAACUAUGGGUUAAUGUAUAGGCUCAUUCUAAUUCUAUUGAGUGUUUGUAAUUUAAUCCUUCGAAUCAAUCAGAGUUGGCAACAGGUUCUCAUGAUAAAUUAAUAAAACUUUGGGAUGUUACAAAGUAAAAGGAAUCGUCUAAAUUUACAGGACACAAGUAUUGUUUAUCUAUUUCAUAAUAGAGAAGGAGUUUGGUCGCUAAGCUAUUCACUUGAUGGAAAAUAAAUUUUUAGCGGAUCUCCUGAUAAAUCAAUUUUAGUUUGGGAUGCUAAAAGCGGAAAGAAUGUUUAAGCUUUAAAGGAACAUAAAAAUAGAGUAUGAUGUUGAUUAAUCAAAUAGAUAUACUGGAUAGAAGUGAGUGACAAUGGAUUAUAUCUAGCAAGUGGAGGAUAAGAUGGUCAUCUAAUACUUUGGGAUCUAAGAAAAUUGAAACUUGUAAAAGAUCUUUAAAGUAAUUUACUCUAUUUGGAUUAAUAGUCUCCAUGGAUAUUGUUUACAACAUUAAUUUCAGCCAAUAAAGCAAAUACUUCUUUACUGGAGACUCAAUGGGAGUUAUCAAAGCUUAUGAUAGUCAAAAAAUAGAAGAAAUUUCAAAUACAAAGCCUACAUAAAAGAAUAAAUGUUAUGCGAUUUAGUCACUAAAGAUAUCAGAGGACAACUAUAAAUUGUUUGUGGCAUCAAAGGUAAAUAUAUCUUAUAUUUUCAAAGAAUUAAAGUAUUAGCGAGUAUAAUUUUGAUGGUAAGAAGAAAGAAUUAUCGAAGGUUAACUAAUCUGCUGUUCAUUGCGAUAGUGUAUAUAAGUGAAUAUUAUAAAAAUAGGUUCAUUGUUUAAAUUUUGAUAAGGAUAAAAGAAGAUUUGGAACAGGAGCUAGAGAUGGAGCUGCAAGGGUUUGGCAAACUGAAAGGAAGGGAGCUGUUUACAAUCCCUUAUACAAUUUGAUCGGACAUAAACAGAGAGUUACUGCAAUCGAAUUUCACGGAACAGGAAAGAUGAUUGCUACUUGCAGUUGGGAUUAAAAUAUCCAUCUAUACAAAAUAUGAG